AUGCCAUCAAGGAGUGCCGGCCCGUCGAACCUCCAGCAUGAGCAGCCAACAGCUCCGGAGAACCGACACCAGCGCCGAGCCUCCCCCCCGAAGCCUCCCUCUCCGCCGCACAACCGCACCCAGCGCCGGCAGCCCAACACCGCCGACGACGCCUUCUUUUUCCCGGCCAUGGAAGACGAGGAGCGCCAGCCGCUCAUCCCUCGCCAGGGGGGCUCCUUUGGCAACGGAGGUGUGUCUGUUGGUCCUCCUCCUGCCGCUGGCGGCGAUGACAACAUGGUCGACCACCACGCCCAGUUCUGCCGUCUCGUCGGCGUGCGGCCGCUCAACCACCCACACGAGGAGAGCCACCGCGCGCACCCGCAGUCGCUGUACGUGCGCGCCGUCGCCCGUCGGCAGGGUCAGAGCCUGACCUACGUAUUCACCGCCACGCUCGUCAACACGCUGCUGCUCACGCAGAUCGUCCUUGGCGCCGCACUCACCGGUCUCGGCGCCAGCAACAGCAGCCGCGUCCUCAUCACCGUCUUCGGCGCCCUCAACACCGUCAUCGCCGGCGUCGUCGCCUUCCUCAAGUCCCGCGGCCAGCCGAUGCGCGCCCGCAUGUUCCGCGACGACCUCUCCCGCGUGGUCGACGAGAUCGAGAACUCGGCCGUCAUGUGGUUCGGCAUCAGCCAGGGCGCGCACGGCUACGGUGCCAUCGACACGGACGAGCAGGUUACGGUCCGCGGCGAGGUCGCCCGCCUCACGAGGCUCUACGACAAGGCCGUCAAGAAUAACACCAUGAACGACCCGGACAUGUACAACGCCAACGGCGCGGGCGACUCCUUCACCGCAGGGCUGCGCAAGGCCGGCGCCGCGCCGCCCCCGCCUGCUGGACCAGCCAUCAACGCGGCCGUCGCGGCUCCGCCUGACUUUUCUGCGGGCGCCCUGCGCGCCCCCCCGCCCGCCGCGGAUCCGGACGCCAGCCCGGCGAGCAAAGCCCCAGAGCCCGCCAAGCCCAAGUCGGACGCUAACAGUGACAAGGGCUCGGUUGCGUCUAAGAAGGCCGACCUUGCUCCUGCUGCUACGCCCGCACCCGAAGAUGCCGCGCCGGCUACCCCGGCCAAGCCUGCAGCUGAUGCUCCUGCUGAUGCGCCCGCCGCUGAUGCGCCUGCUGCUGCCCCGAAUCCCGCUGCGGAGACUCCCAAGGCUGCCGCCGACGACAAGCCAGCUGCUGCCGCUGCCGCUGCUGCCGCUCCUCCACCCGCUGUCAAUGCUCUUCAAGGUCACGUCUCGCAAGAUCCCGACGAGAGCCCAGCUAGCUCCGCCUCGCCUCCCAAGAGGGAGCCGCCCGUCAAGACGCUUGUCGAUGUGACUUAA